CUUUUGAAAAGAUUUCGUUGUCAUGGAUAUAUAGUUGCUAUGCAUCAACGUUUAUUAUGAACAGGAUUUAAUUCAUUUGGUACCUUUGAAAUAUCCAAGAGAAAUAUUUUUCCCCUUCUUUAAAAAAGUGUGGAAUGGUGGAAAUUAGUGAAGAGGAAUACAAGUUAGCCAAAGAAGCUCAUGUUUCGAAUUGUACAGGCGGAACAAUUCAUGAGAUCUUUGACAUUGGCAUCAUCAUCUUGAUUUCGCAUUACGUUUGGAAUGUGUUGGUCAAGUCUAAAAGGAUCAACCCUGAUUCCUUUCUUACUCAGUUUAUGAUUUAUGUAGUCCCUUUACUUUCUCUUCAGACGUGGGCUUCUAGUUAUGGUUAUAUUGCUAUUUUUGUCGGAAAGGGUUUUAUCUUUUAUCAAAUAUUCAAGUCAUUAAAGCAAGAACCAUUAAAGAAAAUGGAUACUAAAAGCACCUAUCGACCCUUUUUAACCAUUUAUCGUGCUGGUCUAAUGCUGAUGACAUGCAUGGAUAUCCUAGCAGUUGAUUUUCAAUUCUAUCCUCGUCGAUUUGCCAAAGUAGAAACAUUUGGCAUAUCCCUGAUGGAUCUUGGCGUAGGUUCCUUUGUCUUUUCGUCUGGCGUUGUCGCAGCAAGAUCUUAUCUGAAUCACCAUCAACCUGGUCUGAUGAAGGCUCUUCGAUCUGGGCUUGCUAUUCUUGUACUAGGUUUUGCAAGAUUCUUUUUGACCAAGAGCGUAAAUUAUCAAGAGCAUGUGUCUGAAUACGGAUUACACUGGAACUUUUUUUUCACACUUGGCUUUUUACCGCCCAUGGUGACCCUAUUGGGCUUCUUGAGGAAACACAUGCCAUUUGUUGUGCCUGCGUUUGCUAUUAUCAUCGGCUAUCAGUAUGCACUCAACCAGGGCUUGCAGGACUGGAUAUUGAAUGCACCUCGUACAGACGUGAUUAGCGCCAAUAAAGAAGGUGUCUGUAGCUUCAUGGGGUAUCUUUCUAUAUUCAUGUUUGGUCUCCAAUGUGGUGAAAUUCUCUUUCAAAAGAGACUUUCUGAACCUGCUAAACAAAAAAAGAUGCUCAUCAUUGGUUAUAUCUCUUCACUGGCCUUUGUUGGUUCAAGCUACCUAUGGACAUGGUUACAACCUGAGUUUGGUAUAUCUCGUCGUAUGGCCAAUCUACCUUAUGUGCUAUGUGUUGCAUCUUUGAAUAUCUACUUGAUUACUACUUCUAUGGCAAUAGAAUUAUUAGUCACUGAUCAAAAACAACCAGGACUAUUAGAAGCUAUUAAUGCCAAUGGUCUUUUUACAUUUUUACUGGCCAAUGUAUUAACAGGGAUUGUCAACUUGAGUAUGCGUACAUUAUAUAUGAACACUAUCAAUUCAUUUAUAGUCAACCUUUGCUACAUGUUAAUUGUUGCCUUGAUCCCUUGGUUCAUGUGGACAAGGCUCCAUAUCCAACUCAAGGUUUAGAAUAAGAGAGAGAAAGAUCUCUUUAAUUACCCCACAUUUAUAUAUACAUAGAUCAUCUUUUUAUAUAAAAGUACUUCAUAUAAAGAGAGAGGGAGAGCGACU